AGAGCAAGGAACACUAUAUAUAUCAAACAUGCCAAUGCCCAUUCAUUGAUCAAUAUUCAUAAAGUUCAAAAUUUUGAUCUGACUACCUUCAUUCCAAAAUCAUCAACAAAAGUUCAAGAUGACGACUAUUGAGAUGAGAGUUCACAUAGAUUGUGUGGGAUGCGAAAGCAGAGUUAAAAAUGCUCUUCAGAAGAUGAGAGGAGUGGACGAAGUAGAAAUCGACACGAUGCAGCAGAAAGUGACGGUGACAGGCUAUGCCGACCAGAAGAAAGUUCUUAAAAAAGUGAGAAAAACAGGUCGGCGAGCUGAGCUAUGGCAGCUUCCAUAUAACCCUGAUCACCUAGGAGGUGGGGGAAGCAGUAGCAGCAACGGCGGAUACUUCUACAACCCUCAGGGCUGCAACGGCCCAAUAAACCACGCAGCACCAGUGCCAACAUCUUCUUACAACUAUUACAAGCAUGGUUACGAUAGCAAUGAGUAUUCGUCUUACAGGCACCACCCUGUUCAUGCCUCUAUCUUCAGCCACCAAACUGGUGCCAAAUUUAGUGAUGAGAAUCCCAAUGCUUGUUCUAUCAUGUGAACUUUUUUUUUUCCUUUUAUAUGAAAGAGCUUUUGAGUAAAUGUAAUCGUAAAUGUUCCUAUCUUAUUCUUCAUCUUUUGGGACUA